AUGGUCGAACUGAUACCUCCCCCUGAUCCUCACACUCUCCUCCCUCCUCUGCUCGCUUGUUUACCUACAUCUUUCGCCUCCCAUAGGCCAGCUCCAGCACUCCUAGACCUACUGUCUCCUAUCCUACGGCAGCGCUUGGAUGUACACACCUCCGGGGACUCCCGCGACAACUGGGCGGGGCUAUUGUGUUGGAAUGCCGAGAAAGGAGACAUUCUGAAAGCCAAAAUCGAAGAGACAGUGUUCGAACCACACCCUGCGUCUGGGGAGAUCGAAGUGGGCGACACAGAACCCAUAACCUACAAGCGAUUAGACGAAGAGACGCUCCAUGCGCAGAUUCCUCUGCUCGACUGGCCAUUCACCGCCUUGUACUUGUGGUGCCCCGACAAAGAUCAGGGAAACGUCAGAUCCUGGAAGCUAGCAGAAUUAUUACCCUUCGAUGAAGAGCUGCGGGAUGAUCCCUCAUGGUCGGCAACCAUUGGAGAGGCGAAUGAACACGCACAAGAGAGAAUGGUUACUGAAGCUUUGCAAGAGGCUGAUACGGCCAGCUCACGUGCUCAAAGAGAACUAGCAGCCCCUGAGCCGGACGAAGAUAACUACUGGGCCAUGUACGACAAGACUCCUGCCAGAACACCCGCCCGGAAAGCUUCAGUUGAACCUCAUCACGACCGAUCGGCGGAAGACGACUAUUAUGCGCAAUAUGGCAGUGUGCAGCCUGCGCUGGACAGUCACGAUCCCGAUGAGGAGAUGGAAGAAGCAGGGGACUCCACCUUGAAUGGUGAUACUCUGCAACAGUUACUUUCUCGAGAGAUCGACUCUCCCCAGGAUCGGGGUCCUCCGCCGUACCAGGGCAGCUUCGACGACGUGGGGUUGGAGAAGGCGGUACAAGUCAACCAUCCUGUGCCUUCGUCACCUUCAUCGAAAGCAUCAGACACGGUGGCUCGACUGGAACAACAUGCAGAGCGGUACACAGCAUCUGAGAUGGGAAUUCGGCAACAUAUUAGUACGAGUAUGAAAAGCAUGUAUCGACUGGCGCAGAGUGCGGGCAUGGACCGUGAAGAAUUUGAGCGUAUCGUGCAGCGUGAACUGGAAACAUUGAGCAUAUUGGAUAGGAACGAGUAG